AUGAAUGGAUGCAUGUUAGCAGGGAAGGACCGAAACUGCAUCGAGGUCGACGUCUAUGGUGCCUACUCUUCAGGGCCACCACUCGGUGUCGAUGAAACUGCAAGUGGACCAGACGCCUGCUCCUCCUCUCUUCAAUGUCCCUCACCCCUGGGUAAGGGAGGCAGCGCUGAAGCCAUCAAUGCCUCCACACUCACAUACGCGCCAAAAAAGUGGCUGCUUGCAAACGAACCUGAAGCGAGUGCGCUCAGCAUUUACUCGCCUUGA